UGUGCGCAUCCGGCAUCCAGCUCCCAGGGAGUGAAUCCACCCAGCCAGACCCACAGUGCCGCCCGCCCUGUCCUGUCCUGCUCCCAGCCUGCGGGAAGGGGAGACGAGCAGACGCCCCCAGGAACGGCCGCAUUCCCCACCUGAAUCCCCCCGAAGCCCCACCAUGCUGCGUGUGCUGCUGCUGGCCGCCCUGCUGGGCCUGGCGGGGGCGCUGCCCUUCGAGCAGGCGGCCUUCUGGGAUUUCUCCAUGGACGACGGGCCGGCCGUGCAGAACGACGAAGAGGAGGCUUCGGGCAUCUUCCCCACCUCGGGGGUCCCCGACUUCGAGGACGUCAUCACUGCCUACGGGGGGCUGUGCCCCUUCGGCUGCCACUGCCACCUGCGGGUGGUGCAGUGCUCUGACCUGGGCCUGAGGUCAGUGCCCAAGGAAAUCGCCCCCGACACGAAGCUGCUGGAUCUGCAGAACAACCAGAUCACGGAGCUGCGGCCUGAGGAUUUCAAGGGGCUGCAUCACCUCUAUGCCUUGAUGCUGGUGAACAACAAGAUCUCGCGGGUGCACGAAAAGGCCUUCAGCCCCCUGCACCGGCUGCAGAAGCUCUACAUCUCCAAGAACCAGCUGGCCGAGAUCCCGCCCAACCUGCCGCCCUCCCUGGUCGAGCUGCGAAUCCACGACAACAAGAUCCGCAAGGUGCCCAAGGACGUCUUCAAGGGGCUCAACAACAUGAACUGCAUCGAGAUGGGGGGCAACCCUUUGGAGAACAGCGGAUUUGAACCCGGCGCCUUCGAUGGCCUGAAGCUGAAUUAUCUGCGCAUCUCAGAGGCCAAGCUGACGGGUAUCCCCAAAGACCUGCCCGAGACCCUAAACGAGCUGCACCUGGAUCACAACAAAAUCCAGGCCAUUGAGCUGGAAGACCUGAUCCGCUAUGGGAAGCUGACCAGGCUGGGCCUAGGGCACAAUGCCAUGCGGAUGAUCGAGAACAGGAGCCUGGCCUUCGUCCCGGCGCUCCGGGAGCUGCACCUCGACCACAACCGGCUCUCUCGCGUACCCCCUGGGCUGCCCGGCCUCCGCUUCCUGCAGGUGGUGUACCUGCACGCCAAUGACAUCACUCAGGUGGGGGUGAACGAUUUCUGCCCCGUGGGAUUCGGAGUGAAGCGAGCCUAUUACAACGGAAUCAGCCUCUUCGGGAACCCGGUCCCCUACUGGGAGGUGCAGCCAGCCACCUUCCGCUGCGUCACCGACCGCCUGGCCAUCCAGUUCGGCAAUUACAAGAAAUAAGGGGGCUGGGGAGGGGGGACAGGGUGGGGGUGCAGUGGGGAGGGGGAGCCAGGGGAGGUGUAGGGGGAAUAGAAGGAGGCAGCAGGGGAUCUGGGGGUGCAGAGAAUGGGGAAACCUGAGGCCUGUUGGGUCCAGCGCUGUGGCCCCAUUACCUGCCAUGCUGGGGGGCUCCAUGGCACGGGGAGCGGCUCUAACUCAGCUCCCUCCCACAGCGGCGAUACCCCAGCUCUGCAUUGUCCCAUUGGCAUCGACUCGGUAACCCACAAAGCACAUGCCCCAGUAUCGGCAGGAUCGGGGCCGCUGGGAUCUUACUGCCAAUCCUUGGAAAGUUCCCCAACUCCCCCCGCCCCAAUCACCCCUGGGACCACUUGUCCCCCAAGUCAUGAAAACGGGAUGGGAAGGUUGAGGGUUUGGCCCCAAACCAGUUAGAAUUUUGUAACUUGGGGGGGAAGGCCCCCAAAGGUGACAACAUCUUGCAAGAGAAUUGCAAACAAAUUGACAAAGAAAAUCUUGAAACCAUCAGGGAGAAAAUGUAGGGUGAAAAAUGGAGAAAAUUUGUAACAAUUGUGGCAGAAUUUUGCAGGCUGACUUCUUUGCAAAUUGCCAAGAAACAGCCAGGAAAUUGGUGAGCCAAAGCCAUGGAGAAUAUUGCAUUUUUUGGGGACACACAUUUGCAUGAAUAUUUUGCCCUAAAAGCAUCAUGGAGGAAAUUGUAAAAAUUUUGCAAAAAAGUUCUUGCCACGUUUGCAUGAAAAGAUUGAAAAAAAGGAAAGUCAUGAAGAAAAGUACAAAAAGUGUAUCAUACAUUUGCAUACAUAUGCAUGAGCUUCGCUACAAAAAGCAAACCAAACACCCCCUUAAUUUUGAAUGAAAAUCCAAGAAAAAUUUAUCCCCAAAAAAUUAAAUUUUGCAUUAAAGUACAAAAGUAUUUUGCAAAAAAUUCAUUGGGAAAAUUGCAAAAGAAAACUUAUAAAUUUGCAUGAGAAAGGGGAAAUGGCUAAUGCUGUCACGCAGGAAAUGGCAAAUAUUUUGAAGAAUGUCUUGAAUGCAUUGAAUGCAUGUGUGUGAAAAUGCAUGACACUUUUGCAAACCAGUGAUAACUUGGCGAUAAAACUCAAGAAUGUCACAGAGAAAAGAGCAAACAUUUGUUUUAAAAAUAUUUGCAAAUUUGCACGAACACUCCAAGAUCUGCACAAAAUGGCACCCCCAAAAGUCAUGAAGAAACCUGAAAACAGUUGGUGAAAAUAAAUAUUAAAACCAGCCUGUAACCAUUUACGAGAAACAUAAUGGCAAAUUCUGGCCAAAAUGUCGCAAACGGUUGCUGAAAAUAUUGCAGAAAAUGGGGCCACCGAUCGUGCAAAAUGCGCAAAGCAACUUGUGAAAAUCUGGCAAAGGCAAAAACGUGGAAAAGACAAGAGGAGAUCGUGCAAAGCUGGUGCAAAAGAAUCCCCCUGUCCCCACAUGGCAAACCCUCUGCACACAAAACGCGCUCCGUUCUGCACUAAUUAGUGCAAAUGUUUCCCGCGCGAUUCUGCAGCACCCACCUCGCAAGCUGCCUGUGAGAGCAGAGCACUGCCCGCCCCCCCCCCCGAAUGGCCCCUACGGGGGUGGCUGCGGAACUCAUGGGGGGCCCCUGUUGCUGGGGGGGAGGGCAGAUUUGCAUCCCUGCUUCUUCAAAGACCCGUGGGGGCGGGGGCAGGAAACUUCCCGCUUUGCACCAACUUUCAGCCUCCUGGGUUUUCCCUUCUUCUUCCGGCUGGGGCCCCGAUCCAGCCCUGUCAAGGCCCGAUUUCCUCGGGCUAGGGUAGCUGUGGCCAGGGCCUGCAGGGCCAUGGGGAGGGGGCACCCCCCAGGGUGGGGUCCGGACGACCAAGUAACUGUGGGACGGGGUGCCCAGGGGCUCCUCGCCAUCCUCAGAGUUGACCCCCCCGGCCCCCCGAGCUGCGAGCCGAGCCCCCCCCCGCGGUAGUGA